AUGACUAACCAACUAGUAUCAGCCAAUUGCCCAGCGCCACCGGAGCCUGAUGCCGAAGACAAUGACCCUCGAGCUGCCGAGCCCACUCUUGAACCUUUUGAUGCCGAAGAGGAGCAAACUCCUGCUCCAGUCUUUUGUACUGCGGAUGUUUAUGAGUGCCCAGAUGGCAGCUUUGUUGGAAGGGUCGCACCAGACUGUGAAUUUGAGGCUUGUCCUGAAACUGAGGAGCCCGUAGAAGAGACGGAGGCCCCUGAGGACCCCCCAGCAGAGCCAGAACUAGUGGCUUGUACUCUAGAAUUGGCAAUUUGCCCAGAUGGCAGUUCCGUCGGAAGGACCGGACCAGACUGUGAAUUUGAGCCUUGUCCUGAGACUGAUGCCCCCGCGACGGAAGAUCCAGAGGUGGUGCCCGAUGUCAUGACGGAUGCCCCGACAGAAGUUAUUGAGCUUGAACUUGGUAUGACAGAUGCUCCAGAAGAUCCAGAAGUUGGAACUGAUGCCCCAACAGAAGUGUCUGUGGAAACCGAAGUUCCAGGAGAGAAUGAUUCUCGGGUUAUUGAGACUCAACAGGAAGACACUGACGGGCCUGCACCAGAAGAAGAAACUUGGCUUCCUGGAACAGAAUAUCCAACCACGGAAGCACCUGGAACGGAGGCUCCCACCAUGUAA